AUGCAGAGAUGCUGCAGUGGCUCUGGGCACACACAUCCCCGCUCGGGCAGCCACCAGCCGAGCGCUGCCUCGCAGCCGAGCCCCCCGGCAGCGCCGAGGCCCCGCAGCCCCCCGGCUCAUGCCCGCACGGCCGCCCCGCACAAGGGCCACCGUCCCCGUAGAGGCUCCACACCGUGACCUGGCACAGGAUGGGAGGCACCAGAGGGUUUGUCCACACGUCCCUGGCUGUCAGCACCUUCCUGGUUUGGUGCCAGGCCCAGAGCAGCACCAGGAGCUACGGGCCCGUGUUUGAGGAGCAGCCCUCCCACACCCUCUUCCCUGAAGGUUCAGCAGAGGAGAAGGUCACUCUGACCUGCCGGGCACGAGCCAACCCCCCUGCGACCUACAGGUGGAAGAUGAACGGCACAGACAUCGAGGUGGAGCCAGACUCCCGUUACAGGCUGGUUGCAGGGGACCUGGUGAUCAGCAACCCCGUGAAAGCCAAGGAUGCUGGAUCCUACCAGUGCCUGGCAUCCAACUCCAGGGGCACCGUGGUCAGCAGGGAGGCCUCCCUCCGCUUUGGCUUUUUGCAGGAAUUCUCGGCGGAGGAGCGGGACCCCGUGAGGAUCACCGAGGGCUGGGGGGUGAUGUUUGCCUGCAGCCCUCCCCCCCACUACCCAGGUUUAUCCUAUCGGUGGCUCCUGAACGAGUUCCCCAAUUUCAUCCCGGCCGACGGGAGACGUUUCGUCUCCCAGACCACGGGAAACCUCUACAUUGCCAAGACAGAGGCCUCUGACCUGGGCAACUACUCCUGCUUUGCCACCAGCCACAUCGACUUCAUCACCAAGAGUGUCUUCAGCAAGUUCUCCCGGCUCAGCCUGGCAGCAGAGGAUGCCCGGCAGUUCGCCCCCAGCAUCAAGGCCAGGUUCCCUGCAGACACCUACGCCCUGGCAGGGCAGGCAGUGACUCUGGAGUGCUUUGCCUUUGGGAACCCUGUCCCCCAGAUAAAGUGGAGGAAGCUGGAUGGCUCCCAGUCCUCCAAGUGGAUCGGCAGCGAGCCCCUCCUGCAGAUCCAGGAUGUUGGCUUUGAGGACGAGGGCACCUACGAGUGUGAGGCUGAGAACAUCAAAGGCAGAGACACCCACCAGGGCCGGAUCAUCAUCCAAGCCCAGCCCGAGUGGCUGAAGGUCAUCUCGGACACGGAGGCCGACAUCGGGUCCGACCUGCGCUGGAGCUGCGCGGCCGCCGGCAAACCCCGGCCCACGGUCAGGUGGCUCCGGGACGGGCAGCCCCUGAGCUCCCAGAACCGCAUCGAAGUGAGCGGUGGAGAGCUGAGAUUUUCCAAGCUAGUCCUGGAGGACUCUGGCAUGUAUCAGUGUGUGGCUGAGAACAAGCAUGGCACAGUUUAUGCAAGUGCUGAAUUAACAGUGCAAGCCUUAGCACCAGAUUUUAGACUAAGCCCAGUGAAGCGGCUGAUCCCGGCAGCCCGGAGUGGGAAGGUCAUCAUCCCCUGCCAGCCACGAGCAGCACCCAAAGCCACUGUGCUCUGGACCAAGGGGACUGAGCUUCUGGUCAACAGCAGCAGGGUGACUAUUACUGCAGAUGGCACCUUGAUCCUCCAGAACAUCAGCAAAUCUGAUGAGGGAAAAUACACCUGCUUUGCUGAGAAUUUCAUGGGCAAAGCCAACAGCACUGGGAUCCUCUCUGUUCGAGAUGCCACCAAAAUCACCCUGGCCCCAUCCAGCGCUGACAUCAACGUGGGGGAGAACCUCACCCUGCAGUGCCACGCGUCCCACGACCCCACCAUGGACCUCACCUUCACCUGGGCCCUGGACGACUUCCCCAUCGACUUCGACAAGUCUGAGGGGCACUACCGGCGAGCCAGCGUGAAGGAAGCCAUCGGGGACCUGAGCAUCUCCAACGCGCAGCUGCGGCACUCGGGGCGUUACACGUGCACGGCCCAGACCGUGGUGGACAGCGCCUCGGAGUCGGCCACGCUCACCGUCCGGGGGCCUCCAGGCCCCCCCGGGGGGGUGGUGGUGAGAGACAUCAGUGAUACCAGCGUCCAGCUGAGCUGGAGCCGUGGCUUUGACAACCACAGCCCCAUCGCCAGGUACCUCAUCGAGGCCAGGACCCUCCUCUCCAGCAAGUGGAAGCAGAUGAGGACCAAUCCUGUAAACAUUGAAGGCAAUGCAGAGACAGCCCAGGUGGUGAACCUCAUCCCUUGGAUGGACUAUGAGUUCCGGGUCUUGGCCAGUAACAUCCUGGGAGUGGGGGAGCCGAGUUUGCCCUCCAGCAAAAUCCGCACCAAGGAAGCAGCACCCACUGUGGCACCAUCUGGGCUCGGCGGCGGUGGAGGGGCUCCCAACGAGCUCAUCAUCAACUGGACGCCGACUCUGAGGGACUACCAGAACGGGGACGGGUUUGGGUACCUGGUGUCCUUCCGGAGGAAGGGCUCCCAGGGCUGGCUGACGGCGCGGGUGCCCCACGCCGAGUCCCUGCACUACGUGUAUCGCAACGAGAGCAUCGCGCCCUACACCCCCUUCGAGGUGAAGAUCAAGGCCUACAACAGGAAGGGAGAGGGGCCCGAGAGCCUCACUGCCAUCGUCUACUCGGCUGAGGAAGAACCCAAAGUGGCUCCUUACAGGGUUGUGGCCAAGUCUGUUCUGUCCUCGGAGAUGGAUGUGUCCUGGGAGCCCGUGGAGCAGGGGGAUGUCACAGGAGUGCUCUUGGGCUACGAGAUCCGGUACUGGAAGGACGGGGACAAGGAGGAGGCAGCUGACAGGGUGAGGACAGCAGGGCUGGUCACAUCUGCCCACGUGACAGGGCUGAACCCCAACACCAACUACCACGUGUCAGUCCGAGCCUACAACCGGGCUGGGACCGGCCCCCCCAGCGCCUCCACCAACGUCACCACCACCAGGCCACCACCGAAAAGGCCCCCUGGCAACAUCUCCUGGACUUUCUCUGGCUCCACAGUCACCAUCAAGUGGGACCCGGUGGUGGCGAGGGCGGACGAGUCGGCGGUGACGGGGUACAAGAUGCUCUACAGGCAGGAUUCCCACUCUGCCCCCACCCUGUACCUGGCCAGCAAGAGCCGGAUCGACAUCCCCGUCCCCGAGGACUUCACCCACGCCUUCGUGCAGAUCCGGGUCACGGGGCCGGGGGGGGACGGGACCCCUGCAGAAGUUCACAUCCUCCGGAACAGUGGGACCAGUAUGAUGGUGGAAGACUCGGGGACGAGGCCCCAGGCUGUGGUGAUCACCACCAACUCCCUGCUCAUGGUGGCCCUGAUCAGCUCCCUGCAGCUCUGACCGAGGCCGGGUGCGGGACUCGGGACGUGAUUCCCCCCGAUCCGGGCGGGAAAACCACAACCCUCGGCUGCUGCAACUCCCACUUUGUACCAGAGCAGCCCCACAGGGAGAGGAUUUGACAGAGGAGGAGAAGGAGGAGGAAAGAAACAGCUUUUUUUUUUGGUUUGGAGGAACGUGGGGUUUCCUACGAGAGACGCGGCUCUUUGACCGAUGAAACUUUUUUAAAGGGACGAGGAAAGGAAGAAUUCCCCGGGAAUUCUGCAGCCAACUGCCCCCUCCCCACACGGCACCCAGUAGGUUUUCUGCCUUAUGAAGCCAUGUAUGAGAUAACCAGACUGCUAAAUUGGACUUUUUUUUUUUUUUUUUAACUCUGUACAGUGAAUUGUUUUUGGGGGGGGACAGAGAGGGUGGACGGGGACUGAGAGUUCAGUGAGCAGCACGUUCCACACCAUCUCUGAGGAGUUAUGGGACAGGAUUUACUCUUUCUUCCCCAUAACAUGAGCCAAAUCCUGCAGCAACCAGCCCAAGGAGCUAAAGCCAGGGGAGGAUUGAUCUCUGCCCCAGCCUGGGGUUUGUCUCAGCUGCCCUGAGGUGCAACUUCAAUGUUCCCCAUGUCCCACGUGCUUUUGGGGUGGUGUCGUGACCCUGUUUGCUUCUUUCCUUCCUGUCUGGGGGAAAAAGGGAAAAGGAGAUAGUUUUCUAGGGAAAAAAAAAAAAAAAGUAGCUCUGCCUAAAAAUGGAGGUGUCAGUAAAUCCCAGUUCAAUAGAGGGGCUUGAAGGAGGAGGGAAAAGUAUAUUCCAUGAUUGAAACAAGAACUGGAGACUUGAGGAAGCCACCACUGGGACAAUGAGGAGGAUCUGGGCUCAGAUUCCUCUCCCUGCACACAGAGUUCAAACAGCCCAAAUGUCAGGCUCAGCCUGGGGCUGCAGGACUGAGAUCCAGAGGUUGGUCUGGCUUUCAGGCUCAACAGCCCAAAGCACAGGGAUGCUGAGGGGCACCUUUAGCUGGGAAAAGAUGGGAGGCACCACUCCCUGAACUGGCUGGGAAUAAUGGUCCUGCUGAAAUCUCUGCCUCCCAGUGAAGCAGUCGACCAAAGUUAAUGAGGGUUGAUUCCUGCUGCUGCUGGGUUGAUCCCAAGGGUGCUUUUAGGGGCCUUUCCCUCCCUCCUUCCCAAAGGACAACACUCCCAGCCCCCAGAAUUACCUGGCAAAGGGCUGCAGCUGCAGGAUUGAGCCCUACCAAGGCCCUGGCACAGUUUCCAUGUUAAAUGCCAAUUCCUUGCCCUUUUUAACCAUUUUAAACUGCUGUGUCCUAAGUCUUGGGGAGCAUUUGAGAGAUCACAGGCUGCCCAGGGACUGCCCUGGAGUCAGAAUCCCUGGAAAUGCCCAAAGAACAUGUGGAUGUGGCACUCGGGAAUGGAGUUUAGUGCUGAUCACUGGACUUGAGGAUCUUAAAAGGUCUUUUCCAACCUUAAUGAUUCCAUGAUUCCAUAAACCCCUGGUCUCCCUGUUGUGUAUAUCCAGAGUAACCCAUCCCAGUUAUUCCCCAGCCCUGGAAGCAAAGAGGGAAAAGCCCAGGUGGGUUCCCAGGGUGGGAUGAGCAGCUCUGGGAUGAGGGGAGGAGGCUCCCUGUGUUUAGCAAACAACAGGAAUGUUUUAACAACCGGGCAAAGAAAAAUAAACGUAAUGGAAAUGUGGCAACACCUCGAGCCCACCUGCACAAAGGAAGGAAACCUCCCUGUUCCCAUGACAAAUAAUACCCAGGAAAAAGUGGGAAGAGCAGCCAGAGGCUCCUGCUGGCACAGGGCAGGCUGAGGGAGGAACUGGCAUUCCCAGGCCCCUCUGCAGCUCUCCAGGAACUACCCACCUGCAGUCUGGGGGAAUUCGCUGAUCCUCCAAAGCUGUGGAGCCAGAAGAGGCAGUGGCAGGUUAUGGAACUGCAGGGAAAACCCCGGGAAACCCCCGAGGGAAGGACAGGAGGGAGGGACAGCAAAGGGUUCCCACUGGAGGAUGAGAAAGGCCAGGUGGGUGGCAGGAAAAUCCCUCUGCAGACCCCACAGCUCGGGGUUUGCACAGGUACAAGUCAAAUUAAGACCAAGAGCGGCUUGUUUGGGGCAGUUCUGGUGCUGGUUACUUGUCAGAGGGGGUAAGUGAGGCACAGAAAAGGAGGGAAGAAGGAAAGGGGAAAAGGGAAAAAGGGAAAAAGAGAAAGGAAAAAGAGAAAAAGGGAAAAGGAAAAAGGAGAAGGAAGAAGAAAAAGGGAAAAGAAAAAAGAGAAAAAGGGAAAGGAAAAAGGAAAAGGAAAAAGGGAAAAGGAGCUGCAGAGACUCCCCUCCUCACUCGUGUUAUGAGCUCAGGGAUUUCUGCUGCCCAGGGCUCUGCAUCAUUACAGAUCCCAGCAGGGAGCAGCCAGGACUGGGAUGAAUCUCUGCCCAAGGACCCUCAUUAAACGGGCUGCACUCGGCAGAAAUCAGGGAGACAAAUGGAUCCGGGCUGACAAACAGGCAGGAGCUGCUGGGAACACCCCGGGGAGAGAACACAGCACGUCCUGCCCUGCAGGGGAAGCUUCCCAGCUGCUGGCUUGGGCUGGGGGGUGGAGAGAACCUGGAGAGGAGAAGCAGAAAGGAGAGGGAAAGGGGGGACAAGAAUACUUAUCCCAGAGCUUUAUCCCAGCAGAUCGUGGAGCUGCUGCAGGAACAGGGGCCACAAUUAAAGGAGGAGUCCAUUAAUUAAUGGAGGAGUCCCAUUAAUCAAUGGAGGAGUCCCAAUAACCAAUGGAGGAGUCCCAUUAAUCAAUGGAGGAGUCCCAUCAAUCAAUGGAGGAGUCCCCCAGCCUGGCCCAAAAGCAGCUCAGGGGGGUUGUUUCCUUUGCUGCAGAGUUACACCAAGGCUAUUCCAGGAGCUCCCAGCGAUUCCCGGCGCUGCCAGGGACUCCUGUUAUCAGCUCCCCCUCCUGUUAUCAGCUCCCCCUCCUGUUUUCAGCUCCCCCUCCCCAGUUGCCAAAGCCACCAGCGGCUCCACUCCCUCCCUCUCCCAGUGUGGCUGGAGCAGCUCAGCACUAAUUGCUUCCCGAGGAGUCUGUUCCACACAAACUCCUCCAGCUGGGAACCGGCAGCACCAAAGGUCUGCACGGAGCCCCCUCCUCCGGGGGAGGGUGAAGAGCUCAGUUCCCAACUCACGGCACAAAGAGACACCUUUUUUUUUUCUUUCUUCCUGCAAUUCAUCCACCUGUGGUGCCUGAGGGAACCCCCAUCUCUCAGGAAGAGCUGGGAAGAGAAGCAGAGAUGGGGAGAUGCUGUUGGAAAGGUUCCUGCUUCAGCUGCUUGCACUGACCUUCCUGCACCUCCAACCUCUCCUGGUCCCUUUUUCCCUCCCUCCCUCCCCUCCAGCCCCCACAGACCUGUUUAGUUAAACACCCCCCAACACACUUAAUCAAAAAGCACCCCAGGAAAGUGCCAUUAAGAGGCCCAGUCCCCUCCUUGCUGACAGCUGGAGCCCCACUGUCCAUCCCAGGCUUCCAUCUCAAAUUAAGCAUUAAAAUUAUAUAUAUUAAUCUUCCCUGCUCGGGGCAUCUGGGUCCCCUCAGGAAGGAAAAAAAAAGAGACAUAAUAAAAAGAUGAAAAAGGAGCCUUUUGGCUCCCACUCUGACCUCCUCAGCUGAGCAGGGGGAAAUGGGCUCUGCUGGAGCUUUCAUGUCGUUCUGGCCAGGUUUUUUAAAACCACAGCUGCCCCCAGGAUGCAGAGUCCCCAAUUUCCAUCACAAAGAGCAGAGAAGGUCCCCAGAUGGGGCAGCUCCUGGUUGAUUUUAAGCAUCAGCUCCCAGCCCUCUCCCCCGUGGUGGGUCACUCCCAAUUUGCCCAUUUUCUUCGUGUUCAGAAGGCAAAAAGAGCUCUGGAAACCAGGGGUGGGAAGUGCCUAUUUCAGUUUUCACUGGCAAAUAAAAGUGUUUCCCUCCAUUUAAA